GUUUUCAUUUCCAGCCCACGGUCACACUGAUAUGACAAUUCAAACAACUUGGCGUCUGCGUCCGUCUUUUGUAAACUGUAAAUGCGAAAUAAAAGCAAUAAAUGGCUUCCAAAGUGGAACAGCAAUAUAAACUGCUAAACGCGCAGUUAAUGGACCAUGUCCAAAAGCAGCGCAUGGAGCUCGGUUUGUACAAGAAAGAAGUGACAAAUCUGAGACGCGAAAACAUGGAGUUGCGGCAGGCCCGGAUUCUGGAGAAUUACCGCAUGCGGCAAGAUCACAUCUGCUUUCUUAAGUGCUUUAUGCGGCGCAUGGAUAUUGAUCUCGCUAGUCUGGCGGAUAGCACCCCGCCGGAAUCGCCAGCCGGCCAGCGGCGUCGCAGCUCCAAGGAAAUGUGCCAGGAAAUGAGGCAGUCCAGCGCCUUGGCUUGCAGCACCAGAACCGUCUCCCCCUCCAGACACCGCGACACAAUGGCGAAGGCACCAAACAUGGCGCCUAAAAUCACGCUAACGACUUCAUCACAAAGCGGAGCGGAGAUAGAGAACGACGUAUCCAGCGCCUUGGCUUUCACAGUAAUAUCAGAGGAGUCAAAUGAAGAGUCUUCCUUCAUGCACACGACUCCACAAAGGUUAGUGCCGAUAGCGAAUAAUAGCGCCUGCGCCAGGACCUUGGCUGUCAGCCCCAGACGCAGCGGCAAAAUAACGGAAAAACCCACUGAAGCGCCUAGACUCGCGCCCACGACUCCACAAAGGGUUGUGCAGAAAGCGGAAGAUAGCGCCAGCGCCUUGGCUGGCAAGCCCAAAAUGUUCUCCCCCACCAGACGCCGCGGCAAAACAACCGAAAAACCCACUGAAGCGCCUAGACUCGCGCAGCCAAAGACUCCACAAAGGGUAGUGCAGAAAGCGGAGGAUAGCGCCAGCGCCUUGGCUGGCAGCUCCAAAAUCUUCUCCCCAACCAGACGCCGCGGCAAAACAACGGAAAAACCAAAGGAAGUGCCUGGACUCGCGCAGCCCACGACUCCACAAAGGGUAGUGCAGAAAGCGAAUGAUGGCGCCAGCGCCAGCGCCUUGGCUGGCAGCCCCAAAACCUGCCCCGGCAUAGUACCGGAGGAACCAAAUAAAGAUCCUAAGCUCACUAAUACGCCUUUACCAGGAAGGGAAGAGAAUGUAGAGAAUGAUGGCUCCUCCGAUGAGGAGAUCAUUGUUGACGACUCCUUGGCAGGGACGAUAAUGGCUGAUUACUCCCUCGGAUUGGAUCUCACCCAAGAUGAAACAAGCUCAUCCGACUCAUCCUUUGAUAAUUUCAGUCCGCCACGACGACCUCUUCGCUUAAUCGAUCAAAAUGUUAAAGCGAGUGGCCGAAUGAAGACCCGGUCGAGCGCUCGGGCCAAAGAGCCCUUGCUCUUGGAUACAGAUAACGCCACCAAGGAGCAGCCCAGCAUACAGGUACCAAGGCUGGUGCUGACCCCGGCCAGUCCAAAGCGCGACGAUUCCCUGAUGGGCAGUCCCUCGUUUAGGUCGCAGGCCAGCCAAUUAAAACGUAGCCUGUUUGAACGAAAUUUUCACAUGAGAGCCUCCAACACCAGCACUCCGAUCGCCAAUAGGUCGUCUCCAGAGCAUACAAUUACUACCGCAAAAGAGACGAGCGAGAUCUUAGCAAGGAGCAGUAUUUUCCAGCCCACGGUGAGAAUACGGAAACUAAAAUCCGAGCCCGGAGCGGAGCAAACGACAGAUUUGUCCACGACCUGCCACAGCAGCAGCAGCAGCAAUCAACGACCCAGUCGCAGGUGCCGGCCCACGAAACUAUCGGAGCCCAGCCUAAGGGAUAAGUUGCGAAACCCAUCAGUGGGAAAGAAAAAAAAUAAAGAAUAAGGCAUUUUGUUUAAUAU